AUGGAUAUUUUCAAGCAAAUCUUACCAGAAGUUAGGGAGAUUUUAUCAACUGCUUCAGCCCCGCAGAUUCAAGCUUUGCUGGACUCCAUGCUGAGGGAUGGAAUUACAUCAAAGGAAUACUAUCAGACGUUACUUUAUGAAAAGGACGCUGAUGAUUUAGCAAGGAAGAUUGCUCUGACCUUGCUUGGAAAACAAGCCAAGCACCGUGUUGGUGCCAGCGCUCACACUGGCCCCCUGGGGGAGGCAAAACUGCCCUGGGUGGAGGCACCGAGGGUGGGAGGAGCACAAAGAGAUGAUGUGAGCCCUGAAGGGAUCCCACCAGAGACCCACUGCCUGCAGAGCGAAACCCACCUGGCAUUGAUGGAAGAGAUGGCUGAAGCACCUGCAGUUCAAGCUUCUGAGGUGACCAGUGAGGAUCAAGACAACCCCGAGGUGUUUUACACGGUGGAGAGGGACGAGAGCGGAGAAGUCGUCUGCCUCUGCUCCGAUAUGGGGGAGGCCUAUGACAAAAUCGCUGCCCUGGCUGAAUAUUUGCUGAAAGACCAGCAAGACACCCCAGUGGAGGAGCCUUUUGGCAGCCUCUUUUGGCAGGUGGGGGCUGCGGAAGGGCCCGGGGGCUGCGCAGAGGCCAAACUCCAGGGCCCUUCCUCGGACGCGCCCGAAGCCAAGCGCCAGAGGCUGGCCCACCCACCGGCUCUGUGCAUUGUGAGCGGGGACCCCCUCACCAUCGCCCUGAACCCUGGCCAGGACGGCACCGACGCUCCACCUGACUUCCACCUUCAAAUUUUGGUGGCCACCAUGGGCCCUGCCGGGGGAUCUCCAGAAGUCUUUGGGUCCUCUGCAAAUCGGGAGCUGUGGUGCAUCCCAGGCCAUAGGAGCAACAUCCAGAUGAUCUUCGCCUUUGAAAAUGCCCAGCCGCCCUGCUUGCCCCCGGGUACCCCAGCUUCCCCAGAGUUGGCCAGGGCUUUCUGCAAACGCCUGAAGGACCAUUUUGGCAGAGAAUGCCACCCGGCCCCUGGGCAGCCCCUGGGACAUCUUUAUCUCGAGAGGGACUUGUUGCAGCAUCACCUGGAUGGCAGGAGCGGGAGGAGCGCGGAUCUGAGGCGCUGCCACCUAGGAGAGAAGUGGGAGGCCUCCGUGGAGAGAAGCAGGUUGUUCCAGAUGACCAGGAGAAAUGACCUGGACAGCCGAGUUAUCGUGGUCUUGGGGAAGGCGGGCACGGGGAAAAGUCUCCUGGUCCAGAAGAUCUGCCUGGACUGGGCCAAUGGCCAGAUGGCCCAGUUUGACUUUGUUUUCCGAUUCGACUGCUGGAGGCUGAGCCUGCUCCACGGGACCUACCGUGACUUCAAGUCCCUGCUCUCGGACUCCCUGGGGGGCUCCCGCGAGGGCCUCGAUGAAGUCUACGAGAGCCUGUUGCAGAACCCAGAGAGGGUCCUCCUCCUCUUUGAUGGCGUGGGAGACCUGAGGAGUCCCGGGGGCUUCCCAUCUGCUUCGGGGAGCCCUUCCUGCAGGGCAGCCUCUGGCCUCGGCACCAUCCUGGCCUCCCUCUUCCAAAAGAAGCUGCUCAACGGCUGCACUUUGUUAUUGACGGGACGGCCCAAAGAACGGCUCCCCCAGUAUUUCCCUCGCGUGGACACGGUCCUGGAGCUGGUGGGCUUCUCCGUGGAGCAGGCCUCUCUCUACCUCGCUCGCUCUGUGGAGGGCUCCUCCCACUGGGAGCAGAAGGCGAGCCUGAUCAAGGCCUCUCCUUUCCUGUUCGGCCACUGUUGCAAUCCUGGCCUCUGCAGGGUCAUUUGCCAGGCUGUGUUUGAAGCAGGAGGUCAAGAGCUGCCCUCCACACUCACCGGCCUCUUCCUCACCUACCUUCUCCAGAGGUUGGCACGUUCCACGGCAAACGACACGGCCUCGAGAUACCAGGGCAUCGCUGCCUUGGCUGAGGUCUCUUGGUCUCUUGGGCAGCGUUGCCAAAAGGCCCUCUCGAGCGAGCAGUUCCCUUCCACGGGUGUAAAGGAGUUUGCUCUGAAAACCGGGCUCCUGGUGGAGGAGGGGGAUGUAUAUGUGUUCCCCAACUUUGGGGUCCAGGAUUUCCUGACGGCCCUGCAUCUGACUCUUGCUAAAGAGGUCAAGGGCAAAAAACUCACCAAAUACGUUGGUCUGGGGACCAGGUUCAGGAAAUUUCUCUCUUCGUGGGGCCUGGUGCCCCGUUUCCUGUCUGGGUUACUGUUCUUAAAGGAUGGCCUCGGCAGUUGCCUCCUUUCUGGCAAGGAAGGUGAGUUAGAUACGGAGAAGAUGAUCACCAAGAAGCAGAGAAGUCUCUCGCGAUACAUCAGGAAACUUUCCAUUAGGGAUUUCAGUCCGGACAAAUUGUUGGAGCUUCUCCAUUGUGUCCAUGAAACAGAAGAUCAAUACCUCUUGAACCAUUUGAGCCUGGAGCUCAGCCCAGACCUCUCUUUCUUGGGCUUUCCCCUCACCCCGCCUGAUGUCAGUGUCCUGCACUCUCUCUUGAGGAGGUCCUCCAAGAGCUUCUCCUUAGACCUGAGGGGGAGUGGCGUUCACUUGGAUGGACUCAGGAAGCUGGUUGACCUGAAGAAUGUCACCCAAUUCAGGGUGUCCCUCGGUGAAGCCGUGGCGCUCUGGAAGCUCCUGUGGGACGCCCAGGAGAGGGAAGCCCUGCAGGCAGCCAUGGGGAAGUUCCUGGUGGUGCCCUUCAGGGCGGAGACGAUGGCGGACGUGGACUCUCUCCUGGGCCUGGUGCAGCUGCACAGAGAAAUGGCGGAAGGCAGGGAAGACUCUGCCGGUUCCAGCAGCCGUCUUAUUCCAGCCAUUGCUGGGUUCCUGCAACUAGAAUUCAGCCUCGGGCCCAGCUGCGGCUUGGAGGGUUUCCAAAAGUUGGUGGAAUCUUUGGCUGCCUUUUCGGCUCUUCAGCACUUGGACUUGGAUUCCCCUGAUGAGAACGAAAUCGGAGACGAAGGGGUGAGAUCCCUCAGCCGCGUCCUUCCUCGCUUGGCGUCUCUGGAAACGUUGAACUUGUCCCGGAACAAGAUCACUGACCUGGGUGCAGAGCUGUUGGCCGGAGCCCUGCCCUCCAUGCGUUUGCUGAAGACCCUCAGCUUGUACGAAAACAACAUUGGAGAUGCUGGUGCGGAGUGUGUGGCAGAGGUGCUGCCCCAGAUGUGCACGUUGCGGGUGCUGGACCUGCACUGCAACCAGAUUUCUGCUGCCGGAGCCCGGUGUCUGACGGAGCGCUUGAGGAGAUGCCCCCGCAUUCAGAGCUUGGCCUUGUGGAACCGAACAAUUCCUCACGGAGUUCUGGAUCACCUGCAGCAGCUGGAUUCUCGGAUCAGAAGAUUUUAGAGGCAGCCACUGACCAGUUGCUUCAGAUUC